CCAAAGGUGCAUACUGCAUUUAUGAUAUCCCAUUGCAAUCAUUCUAAAGAAUUCCCAUCCGCAUGUACAUCGCCUCCAUCCAUCCAUCUCUGCAAUACACACCCUUCUCUUUCUAUUUAUCUCCACUUAUCUCUCAUAUCUCUCAGCACUUCAGUACUUCUAGGUUUCUAGCUAUCCCUGUUGUAAUCGCAACAAUGCCAAGGACAACCAUCAUUUUCUCCACCAUCCUCUUCAUGCUCCUUGCUGUAGUGAUAACUGCUCAAUCCAGCAGCUCUGCUAGUGGGAAGCCCAAAGCGACCAAGCUCAUGGUGGAAGCAUGCAAGAACGCCUUGAUCAACUACCCCUACGGCGAUCCCUUCUCGCAAGAAUUCUGUUUGUCUACCCUCCAGUCGGACAAUCAGAGUGCCGAGGCUAAGGACCUCCGAGCCCUAGUGCUCGUCGCUAUCGACAUCCUUAAGAGCCAUGUCACUGCCGCUGGCGGUAAGAUCAAGAAAAUGCUGCAAGAUGCCAAGAAGGGAACGGUGAUGAUGCCCGUUCUUAGUUUUUGUGAGGUAGACUAUGACCAUGUGGUGAGACGCCUCAACGUUUGCCAAGGCCUGAUCAGGGACUACCAAGGAGACAAGAGUGGGCGGCAGCCAUUGCGUCUGACUCACUGUGUGGAAAUGUCAUUCACCCCGCUGAACAAGUGCUCGAUCGGGCUUGAAGAUAUGCCAGGGGUGGAGGUCCUCUCCAAAGAAAAUGUUGAGCUGCAGUUUAUGGUGCAAGUCAACACGGGCCUGCUAGCAUCAUAUGACGUCCAUGAUUAAUAUAAUGUUUGUUAUUAUCUGUGAGAAAGGAUGUUGUUUUGGCAUCCAUUUGCACUGUUAUUUGAAAUAAUAAUCAUAACGUUGGUGUCAUAAA